UUCCUCACGGAUACAUUUUACGGGUGCACAAAGCCGGAAGACAUCCUCGCGGUGCAUGGGCUGAUCAAACCUACUCGGUUCGCAUUGGGGAGAGUCGCCCAGGUGUCCGGCCGCACAGCGAGGUUUCAGCCAGUGUAGCGGGGAGGAUGGCUUGUUCGUCUGUGUGCGGAGCGCUUCUCCUGCGCCGGAUGGUGUCCAGCGCGGCUGCGACCCGACUGUCGACCGCGGAACUGCGUGGCCUGAGAAAUGAUCUGUUCUCCAAGGAACAGGCAAGGCAGCGGGCGCUGAUUACGCGCACGGAGAAGAUCGAGGUAACGCUGGAGGUCCCGGGCCACCAGGGGACCCUGCUCAUCAUGAACAAGGGACUGUCCACACCACGCUGCUGUGCUCGGCACCUGACAGAGUGGCACGUGAACAGCUCUGCUCUGGCCCUGGUGGAUGGAGAGCCCUGGCCAAUGCACCGCCCCCUCACUCAAAACUGCUCCCUUGCUCUGCUCCACUUCAAGAUGGAGGAUCCCCAUCAUGUUAACAAGGCUUACUGGCGGUCCUGUGCUGCCCUCCUGGGUCAAGUGCUGCAGAAUGCCUUUAAAGAAGAGUUCAGUGUGGAACUGCUGACAAGUCCAGAGGUGCCAGUGACAUCAGGGGCAUUUUGUUGUGAUCUGGUCCUGGACAGUCAGUUGGACAGCUGGGUUCCCUCUGAGGAGGCCCUUCGCUCUCUAACACGUGAUGCCCAUCAACUGAUCCAGCAGAACUUGCCUUGGGAACCACUGCAAGUUUCACCCUCAUUUGCCAUAAAGAUCUUCUCUCACAGCAGUUAUAAACAGAAAGAGGUGGAGGAGAGAGCAGCAGAGAGUGCCAGUGGUUUAGUGACAUUGUACAGGUGUGGGGACCAUGUGUUUGUGAGUGGGGGCCACCUGGUAGCCAGGACAGGGCUGUGCUCUCAGUAUGACGUCACUGCAAUUCAUAACCUGGGUCAGACAGAGCUGGGACUCCUUCGCAGAGCACAGGGUCUCUCUCUUCCUGUGCAGCUUGAGGCCCAUCACACGGUGUGGAGGAAGCUCAGGGGGAGAGCUGAACGACUGGUGGGAAUACCCCCAACCCUUUCCUCUGAAGCCAAGUCCCCACUCCCUGAUGCUUCAGCAGUGCAAGCUGGUGCUGAAGUAGACCCAUCCAAGGCAUCUCCCUUCCCACAGCAGUGACCUGUUAGAAUGAAGAGAAGAGCAGAAUUUGACUUCAGUUUUUUUUUUUGUAUAUACAUCUGCCCAGUGAGACAAAAACAUUCAUAAAUGAACUUUGUAUUAUUUUGGUGAAUACAUAUUAUGUAAAAUAA